CUCAUUUUGAUUUAUUAUGCAGAGAAAGUUCGUCUCGCUAAUAUUCAUGAAGCGGUUCGCUAUGGCGACGUUUUGGAAUUGCAAAGUAUGGUCCAAAGAGGUGCCGGAAUAAACGAUGCUGAUGGCAAAUUUAAAUUCACUCCGUUGCACUGGGCAGCUCAUCAUGGCAGCUUAGAGGUAUGAACUUACAAUGUAAUAGAACUAAAAAACUGUGGAUUUCUCGAGUGCGCGACAAGUGCGCGUAGUAAAUUCAGUCUUGGUUAUUAGACUUAGUUUACUUUGCAGAUUCGUUAAUUCUCCUCCGUGUAUUAUGUUAAUGUGUUUUUAAUUAGGAUCAGAACUGAUCUCCCUUAACGAAAUUACUUUUUUUGUAAUUUUUAUGCCUUGCUCAUCUGACACAAUGUAUUCCCAAUGGAGUAAUUAUUUAAAUAUUUAAUUUGGUGGUGACAAUCUACAGUGUUUCAUUUUAUGUUUUAUUAAUUAUUUUCAGGAAAUUUAUUUUCUUAUUAACGACAAAAAUGGAGCAGAGUUUGCAACCCUCUUGUAAUUUUUGAAAUUAACAUUGUAAUACAUAGAACAUAGGGUAGAAAUAACAAGAUUAAUAAAUAUUAACCAAAAAAAUACGAAUGAGACAAACCCCUGUAAGCUUCUAUCCAACACCAUUCUUGUAAGCCCAAGUCUCAACAAGGAAGAGAAGACCCCAUUUUGAUGUCACCAUUGCUCCAAGUUCCACUUCAGAAGCCUUCUUUCUGAUUGUGUGUUUUUGAUGCUUUUCUUACAAUAUGAUAUUACUUAUUUCUUUAAAGUGCUUACAUUGGCUACUUUGGCAUGGAGCUGAUCACUCAGACAAAACUCCUCAAGGGUGGACACCAUCACAUCUGGCAGCAAUCAGAGGACAAGAUGCUUGUUUGCAGGUGAAACACUUGUUCACUCUUGGGAAACAAAUAUACAAUCAUUUGAUUUAUUUGCGAUGAUACCUGUUAGAUUGCCAGAUACAAAGGUACACAUUAUGAAUUUUGAGUGUGUAGAAAUGGCAGUAAUGUGUAGUAUGUAAUCAUUGAUUUUUCCUUUUUCUUAAAGGCCUUAGCUGCAAAUGGGGCUGAUCUAAAUGACAAGGACAAUAGAGGUAAAUUUGAUUUAGCAAUCAUUGCACCUUUUAAAUGACACUGGGCCUGCUAUAUAUGUUGGGACAGUUGAUCAGUGAGUGUCUUAUGACUUUUUGUGGCAGGUUGUACUGCAGCACAUUUGGCUGCAGCCCAUGGGAAUUCUUACUGUUUGCAGUCAAUACUCAGGCAUGGUGUGGUGAGUUACCUGGAAGACAUAACUUUAUGCUAAACAUUUUAAUAAUAAGAAGACCAGCUUGUUCUGUUGAGGCACAAGGCAAACUAAUAUUUCAGAAAACCUUCACAUUGCAAAUUGUUGUUCAUCUAGACUUUUGAAAACCACUUUAGAUUAUCAGAAAAUCUCAAAGUAGGCAACUGAACCCUAAAUGAAUGCUUUGAUAAUAAAUAUGCAGUAUUUGAGAUACUGUAGUGUCAAAAAGUCAUUGGUAGUCAUUCCCAAAUAGUAUGAAGAAGGUGCAAGUUUCAACAUCAUCAAUGCUUGACUUGCCAAGGUCAUUUUUGACCUUGAAAAAUAAUGUUUCUGUAGUGUCGUCAUUCAGACAUAGAGAGACUAUUCCUUCUUCAUUGCCAAAGGCUAACUGAACUUUAUUGAUAAACACGUUACACAUAUACAAGUAUAAGAGUUUACUGACUUAUAGUAAUUUUACAUUUUUCCACAGUAGGAUUACUGCGUAAAAAUAAUAUUUCAAAAUAAUACAUGUAUAAUCAAUACACUACAGUUUCAAAAUAAUACACAAAGUCACUAAUAUGCCAGCAGGAUAAGAAUUGGGCUUAAUAUGAUUGAACUUCAUAUCAUUUAGGACAUUAAUGCCACUGACAACAUGGGCUGGACCCCAGUUCAUUGCGCUGCUUUCCAUGGGAGACUGGGCUGUCUUCAGGUAACCUCAGACCCUUAUAUGCUUCCAAAUACAAUGUAUAACAUAGGAAGAGUCUCUUGAUCAUGUUUAAAUGAAGUAAUAAAACUAGCAUCAAUUGGCUUCUUAUUCAUAUUACCUAGUAGUUACUGUGAGAUGCAGAAAACCAUGAACAUUUUGAUUUGAUACUGACAGAUUGAUAUUCUCCAAAACCCAAUUGGGUAUUUUCUUUGAAUGCAAUCACAUCCUAUGAGUACCAGUAUUUCUGAUGUUUAUGGUUUUCUGAAGUGUGCCAUACACUGUAAUGUGAAAGCAAAUGAAAAUGAAAUAGCCCCUAAUGAAUUAUGUUAUAAGAAAUCAUUUGAAACCCAAUUUUAUUUUUAUUCCUGUUGUUCCAUGUAGCUUCUCUCCAGGUGGGGGGCAAGUGUGGAUGAGGUUGAUCAUUCUGGAAGCACACCAGGUUUGUAUUUGUUGCCAAGCUGUAGCCUCUGGUAAAUUUACUUACCUUAAAUUUUAAGCGUAUAUGAGUUUUUUUUAUUUAACACCCAUAUUUUUCAUCUUAUCCAGCUCAUCUGGCUGCAAGCGAAGGUCAUCUUCCUUGUCUCAAGUUUAUUGUUUGUGCUGGAGCAAGCAUUGAUCACACAAUGAAUGCGCGCAAUGACCAGGUACAUGCCAAUGUGAGGAGUAGUGUAUAGCAACUUUGCAUUAUGUUAGUUACGAUUUGAACUUUUUGAAAAAUCUAAUAAUCAAAGCAAAUUGUUUUAACAGACUUCUUAUGACAAAGCAUGAGACAAAUAUGCCAUUCUGUCUCAAGCAAUUUCAAGAAACUAGAAUGCCAUUACUUGAUUGGAGGUCGGGAGUUAUGCAGUUGUUUUCUCAUGAGGUGUAUAGUUCUCCCCUCAUUUUAUGAGAAAAAUUCAAGAACUUCUUUUCCAAUCAACAUCAGCAAACUGCAUAUUUGUGGGUUCUUGUAUAGCCCAUGAAGAGCUUUUCAUGUAGGUUAAUUUAACUAAAAUGUUAAAUAUGAUAUCCCUUGAUGUAUAAGUGUGUUCCAAAUGGGAAAAUACUCUCCUUCCAUGGUUUAAGAAAGUCCUGCCAGUGAAAAAAAUAUUCAUUGGUAAUGAUAUUAAUUACCCAGGUAAUAGUUUUUUACAAAAAUCUUCAAACGAUUAUAAAUAAUUUUUUUAUUAGUUAGACACUGUUGUGUGAAUGUCUUAUUUUAUCUUUCUCUUUUUGAAUAGGGUGACACACCCAAAAAUCUUGCUCAGCAAUUCUACAAAAAGGAUUGUAUUGACUAUCUUAAUGCAGUAGGUAUGUCAGUUUUUCUUCUGUGGUAUCUAAAAUUAAUUUUUUCCUUUGUAUGCUAAAAAUUUCAAUUUUAAACUUGGUAAAUACAUAUCAUUGAUGUGUAUUAUUCUUACUUAUGUGUACAUAAGUGUAUGAAUUCCUAAUACAUGACAGUCAUCCUUCUUCACUUGGGCAAUUAGUCAUUUUUCUUUUUUUUUUUUUUUUAACCAUUUUUAGAAUAUGACUUGCUUCACCCUGAAGAUGAAGAAAGUAAGUUUAUCAAUGCAUCACACUUCUUGAAUGAUUUAAUUUUGGUCUAAAUGCAUUUUAGAUGUAUCUACUGAGAGGCUGUCUCCUGAUAAGCAUUGCAAUAACAUUAAAGUGUUGAACUAGCUCUGCAAUCUUUAAAUAACUGACCAAGUUCAAGGUCUUUUCUUGGUAAGUUACAGACUGAACUCAAGAGAAAAAAAGGUUCCAUAAUUUGCAGUACAGAUUGAGUUAGUAAGAUAUUUAUUACAUCUUUGCUUUCAAACUUUUGAACUGAGCAAGCCCUACACUGAAAUUGACCAAUUAUAGUGUGUGUGAGAGAUAUAAUAAAUUAUAAAUAUGACUUAGAAUUAUUACAUUCUUACUACUGUAUGUUUGUGUCUCAUCUUAGACCUAGCUUUCCCUGCCCAUGUGGCAGCGUACAAUGGCGACCUGGCCCAGUUGAAGAUGCUAAUCGAGACUGGGGUUGUAUCUGUGAAUGAACGAGAUGACAAAGGUUCCACCCCUGCACAUAAAGGUACAGAGUUUGGAUAUUGGUAAAAAAAACACUGUUCUUUUUUCGAAGAGCACGACUAACAUGCCCGUUAUCCCUUUCAUUCUUACUUAGUGUUAUAACCUGUCAUUUAACUUUAGCUGCAGGAAAUGGCCACGUUCAAGUGUUACAGUGGCUUGUUGAAAAUGGAGCAAACUGUAAGUAAAAACUUUAGAAUUUUCAUUUUCUGUUGUUACACUGCACUUUCACUUAAAUACGGUGUAAUAAAAAAAAAAAAAAAAAGAAACGAAACGAUAAACUUAUUCCACAGUGAUAGCAUCAUUUGAAACCUGUCAUUGUGGAACUCACGGCCUUUGUGACUUGUUAGAUUUAAAAUAAGUCAUUGUUUUUAAUCCUCAGUGAGAAUUGUCAACUCCGCUGGUGAAACACCCAAAGAUGUGGCCCGUAGGUUUGGACGCCUUGGCUGUGUUGCAAUUCUUGGAGGCGACUCAGGUGAAUAUUCCAUUACCUUACAAAGGAAAAAUACUGCAGAACCUACAUGUACCUGUAAUAAAGAGUUAAGUUAUUAUUAAAAAAUACAUUUGACUCUAUCAAAUUCCCGUUUUUGUUACCGCCUUAACUAAAAUAAUAUUUCUUGCGAAGCUCGUUAAAUGUGAAGUAUAUUUAACACCUACCUUUUUUAAAAUUCUCCGUUCAUUGUUUGCAUGUUUCGUCCCUAGAAUUUGCUUUCCUAUUGCAUUUCACAUUUUUUCUUGCUCAUUAGACGAUGAAGAAAACGUUGUAGACGAAGGAGCAGAAGACUUCAAGCCAUCCGAACCACAGUCUAAAGCCGAGGCCAGAGGUGCAUUUACUUAUUUAUAUUAAUCUUUUAGUUAUUUUUACUUCGUUUGGCUCACCCAAGAAUACCGUGAGAAUGAAUUUAUUUCUCCUUUUUUUUUUUUACAGAAAUUAAAUUGUUGUGCUUUUAAAAAAAUGAAUAAAUUUGAUGACUAAAUGAUGAUAAACACAUACCGACUAAUGUAACGGUCACAAUCAUAUUUGCCUUUCCAUUAUUGCUCCACCACUGUUUUCUCUUUGUUUUAUUGCUGUACUCUCCUUUUUUCCUCCUCUCCGCGAAAUGGUAUCAUAAAAAUUUAAAUUAGUAUCUUGAGCCUUUCCUCCCUCCAUCCUAUAGACUUUCUUUCAUCUCAGUAAAAUUUGCUAAUUCUGUUCAAUUAAAAUUUCUUUCUGGUCUCGCCACUGCCUCUUUUUGGUUUCCUCCUGAAAACCCACUGUCCUCACCCACCUCCUAUGUUUUUCUCGGCAAGUUUGCGGCGUUGUUGAGUUCAUUAUACUUUGAUUCGUUCAAGGGUGGUUUUUUUUCUUUUUUCAAUCCUGUUCUGGCUUCUUGUAACACGUCAAGUUUCCGGUGAAAUCAUCUCUCAAGCCUUUCAAUUCCACGACCUCACUAGCAAUUGUCCUUGGCUCUGAGAGUUUGAUAUUGGAUCAGGUAGUGAUCCCUUAAUGGAUAUUUUUCUGUAUUCUCAUCACUUAUCUUCUUGAUAUUGUAUUGAUGUCGAAAGGAGAAAUUCUUUCCUGGUUAACUGUUAAAGACUUUAACGCCGUAGUGGGCCUUUAAGAAGCAACACGUGGGCUUAACCUUUCAAUACUUUGAAAAUCUUCGAAAGAAUCUUUACGUUUGUACGUGUGCGAUUUUAUCCGCUCUUUGAUUUGAAAUCAUUCUCCCGCGCAUGAAUUUAACUUUCGGCAACGACAUACCAAGGACCAAAAAUAUAAACUCGAUACUUGCCCGGUCAGCUUAAUGUAAGGACGUUUGCUGGGUUUACCAGAUGAGGGAUCCCAAUGUAACAACCUUCUAUGCUCAACCUAGUAUCUAUAAAACCUCUUCUUCUUCCUUUCUCUUUCGUUUCUACUUUUUAUCCUUUAGCUUUUCCUUUUCUUCUUCGCGACGACCGAGAUCCGGAAGGUAAGGAUUUUCCAACCUUUCUACCGGAAAUCUCGGACGAUCUUGUUCAGGACACCAAGCAGAAUCGACUUGAAGACGCCCAAGGUACUAAAAAAUAAACAACUGAUACAUACCCACGAUGACUUUCAUUCACAUUUGGGACCUCAUUUCAAUUCCUAUUUUUCUAUAUCUUAUUUAUUAUUAUUAUUGUUAUUAUUCCUAAACCUUCUGUCUAUUUGAUUUCUGUUAUCAGCUUCAAAGUUCCUCUCACUGUUCUCUUCUUAAAUACAGUCGAACCUUUGUUAAGCGGCAUCGUAUUAAGCGUUCACCCGGUCAGUUGUGAAAGUCCUGAAAUUCUUUCCCCCCAGACGCUCUAUUUUACCUCUAUUAAGUGCUCAUCUCUAUUUAACGGUCGUGGUCACCCUUGACUAAAUCCCAACGGCCUGUUUGCAUUGUCUUUUAUAAUAUCCUUUUACUGAGGAACCUGUAUUGAGCGAUCAUCCCAACAUUCCUCCUGGGUGAUUGGUUAAUACAAAUUUGACUGUGGUCGAUUUCAGCUUUUCGGUAAACUUGAGAGAUGGUUGAAAGAGCCGUUUAUACCAUAGGCAUACCUUCACUCAUUAUCCAUUAAACGUGUCUUUAAACGGAAAAACGUUUCCUCUGGGACACUUCUAUUCAGGUUGCCAUUUCACUCUAGGAGCGCGUAGUGAUCAUUUAACCUCGCAUCUCUUACCUCCAUAUUAAGGUCCUUUAUUUUCUUAUUAUUUUGCAUGCAGGUCGUGCUAAGCGGAAAAUUGACGAGUUGGCGCAUCUGUUAGAUGUAGCCAAAAUGAACUACAGACAGCUGGGAGGAGUUUUGGAUGAAGACCAAAAGAAACUUGAAGAGGAGAGAGAAAGUGCUAGGUACAUAGAGAGACAGACAAUUCACAUCAUUAUGGUACAUCGUUGCCACACUUGUAAUUCUGAUUGGCUAAAAGGACACCCUUAGUUCUAGCUGGUACAGUUUUCGUUUGGUCAUACCUAUAGACGAUAGUUUUUAGGCCUGCGUAUUAAAAGAAUUUUGAAUUCGGUUUUGAGCGAUGGCGGAAGUCGACCUCGGCUUCGAAAGAUGACACAAACCUCAGUUUUAACAAUUCUUGCAAUUCUUCUCAACUUCGACACUGAUUACAGAAGGAUCUUUCUUUUUUUCCUCGCUGUUGUCGGAAUCAAAGUAAAAUGUUUAUUUUCGGUCACUUUGUUGCUUUUAAGCAACAAAUAGUAGCGUUCAUGGAAAUUUCAAUAAGGAAAACAUUAAUCGUAUUUCGUGAUAGCGAAUUUUUAUUUACUUGAACUUAAUCAGUGUUCUUUUCCCUGGCUAGUCAUAAGGGAAUAGUUAUUGCUCGUAGCAUAUUGUUAUAUUUGGUCUCUGUCUCGUUUAAUUCAGGGUUAUACGCGAGUUAGAAGCUCAGCUGGAAUAUGAGCGAGAAAAACGAGAAAGGCUGGAGGCCCAAAUGGACAAACUGCGUGCUCAGAUACACACUCUUACCCUUCAGCUGGAAGACGAGCGCAGCAGAAACGCCACGGUAAGAUUUUUCACUGUAACUGGUAGUUGUACCUAA